CCGAGGAGGCCCCAGCUCCCUAGGGGCUGAGAAGCUGGAGUCCUGGGGAAGGGGAGGAGCUGAGCCAUACUCUUGCAAGACCCCCGCCCUCCUCCCCACCACAGGAAGCAUGAACAGAAAAGACAGCAAGAGAAAGUCCCACCAGGAAUGCACCGGAAAGACAGGAGGGCGGGGCCGGCCCCGCCAAACACGCCGCCACAAGACAUGCCCCAGCCCCCGGGAAAUCAGCAAGGUCAUGGCUUCCAUGAACCUGGGCCUGCUGAGCGAGGGCGGCUGCAGCGAAGAUGAGCUGCUGGAGAAAUGCAUCCAGUCCUUUGAUUCAGCUGGCAGCCUGUGCCACGGGGACCACAUGCUCAACAUGGUGCUGGCCAUGCACAGCUGGGUGCUGCCCUCUGCCGACCUGGCUGCCCGCCUGCUGACCAAGUACCAGAAGGCCACAGGGGACACCCAGGAGCUGAGACGGCUGCAGAUCUGUCACCUGGUCAGGUACUGGCUGACCCAACACCCUGAGGUGAUGCACCAGGACGCCCAGCUGGAAGAAGUCAUAGGUCGUUUCUGGGCCACCGUGGCCCAGGAGGGCAACUCGGCCCAGAGAAACCUGAGAGACUCCUCUAACCUCCUGAGCCCUGGUGGCCCUGGCCCCCCGCCCCCCAUGAGCAGCCCAGGCCUGGGCAAAAAGCGCAAAGUGUCCCUGCUUUUCGACCACCUGGAGACGGGGGAGCUGGCUCAGCACCUCACCUACCUGGAGUUCCGCUCCUUCCAGGCUAUCACGCCCCAGGACCUGCGGAGCUACGUUUUGCAGGGCUCAGUACGAGGCUGCCCCGCCCUGGAGGGCUCUGUAGGUCUCAGCAACAGUGUGUCCCGCUGGGUGCAGGUGAUGGUGCUGAGCCGUCCCGGGCCUCUGCAGCGCGCACAGGUGCUGGACAAGUUCAUUCACGUGGCACAGAGGCUCCACCAGCUGCAGAAUUUCAACACGCUGAUGGCGGUCACGGGGGGCCUGUGUCACAGUGCCAUCUCCAGACUCAAGGACUCCCAUGCCCACCUGAGCCCUGACAGCACCAAGGCCCUGCUGGAGCUCACUGAGAUCCUUGCCUCCCACAACAACUACGCCCGCUACCGCCGCACCUGGGCUGGCUGCACGGGCUUCCGGCUGCCUGUACUGGGCGUGCACCUCAAGGAUCUGGUGUCCCUGCAUGAAGCACAGCCCGACAGGUUGCCUGACGGCCGCCUGCACCUACCCAAGUUGAACAACCUCUACCUGCGGCUGCAGGAGCUGGUGGCCCUCCAAGGGCAGCAUCCGCCCUGCAGCGCCAACGAGGAUCUGCUGCACCUGCUCACACUCUCCCUGGACCUCUUCUACACGGAAGACGAGAUCUAUGAGCUUUCUUAUGCCCGAGAGCCACGCUGUCCCAAGAGUCUGCCACCCUCCCCCUUCAACGCACCUCUGGUGGUGGAGUGGGCCCCUGGUGUGACCCCCAAGCCGGACAGGGUCACGCUGGGUCGGCACGUGGAGCAGCUGGUGGAGUCCGUGUUCAAGAAUUAUGACCCUGAAGGCCGAGGAACCAUCUCUCAGGAGGACUUCGAGCGACUCUCAGGCAAUUUUCCCUUUGCCUGCCAUGGGCUCCACCCGCCCCCACGCCAGGGGAGAGGCUCCUUCAGCAGAGAGGAGCUGACAGGGUACCUGCUCCGGGCCAGUGCCAUCUGCUCCAAGCUGGGCCUGGCCUUCCUGCACACCUUCCAUGAGGUCACCUUCCGAAAGCCUACCUUCUGCGACAGCUGCAGUGGCUUUCUCUGGGGUGUCACCAAGCAAGGCUACCGCUGUCGGGAGUGCGGGCUGUGUUGCCACAGACACUGCAGAGACCAAGUGAAGGUGGAAUGUAAGAAGAGGCCGGGGGGCAAGGGCGAUGCAGGGCCCCCCGGAGCUCCUGUUCCAUGCACACCAGCUCCCCAUGCCAGCUGUGGCUCCGAGGAAAAUCUCUCCUACACGCUAUCCCUGGAACCUGAGACUGGGUGCCAGCUUCGCCAUGCCUGGACCCAGACUGAAUCCCCACACCCUUCCUGGGAAACAGAUACGGUCCCCUGCCCGGUAAUGGGCCCACCAUCAACUGCAUCCUCCAAGCCGGAUUCCUAGACAUCUCUUGGUCUCCUCUAUCCCUCACUCCCUUACCCCAGUCAGUCCUGACUCCUGUUGUCAGACUCUGGCAGGGCUCCCAGAG